CAAUACAUUAAAUAUGCGUAUUUGUUCAUCUUAAUGUUAGCUUUGUCACAAUACGUGUCUGUGUAUAUGUUUAUAAUAUUGACCUAGAUGUAUUGACAUUAGGUUUGUGUUCACCAAGUGUCUAAUGCCUAGUAGCAUAAAAGAUGGACAAUACUGUGUCUAAGGCAACGAAGAAACGAGAGACUUGGAAAAAUGGAAAGGAAUUCAUGUUCUCGUGCAUAGGUGUCAGUGUUGGAUUGGGAAAUAUAUGGAGAUUCCCCUAUAUCUGCUACAAAAAUGGCGGAGGGGCGUUCCUUAUACCAUACUUCCUGUUUAUGGCUAUACUGGCAAUUCCGCAACAAAUAUUGCAGUUUUCCUACCCGCAGUUUUCCAGUAUGGGACCCGCUAAAGCUUGGGUUUGCUGUCCCCUAUUCAAAGGUAUCGGUUAUGCUAUGAUUGUGAUGAAUGUAGUGGUCUCAGUAUACUACAACGUCAUUAUAGCCUGGAUACUCUACUACUUCGGGAGCUGUUUUACUGCCCAUUUACCAUGGACUAGUUGUAGCAAUGCCUGGAACACGGAGAAUUGCUACAGCAGGGUGCUUCCGUACAACACAACAACGACAAACACCAGCCUUACAUCACACAACGUAUCAUCUCUGACUGGAAUCGUACCACAUAGCACUGCUAAGACUGCCACGGAGGAAUUCUGGCAGUACAAGGUGUUGGAGUUAACCGACAACAUUGAAGACAUGGGACAAAUCCGUUGGACCUUAUUACUCUGCAACGUAGCAGUGAGCACAAUUGUAUUCUUUUGUGUAUUCAGGGGAAUUAAGAUGUCUGGAAAGAUUAUGUACGUAGCGGCUUCAAUCCCUUACAUAUUCCUAACAAUCCUACUGAUCAGAGGUUUGACGCUAGAGGGCGCUGGUCAGGGACUGCGGUACUACUUCAUUCCAAGAUGGGAAGAGUUACUAAAUCUGUCGGUAUGGUCUGAUGCUGCCGUCCAGGUAAUCUACUCGGCAGGGUUUGCUGCAGCUGACCUCGUGACUCUCUCCAGUUACAAUGAUUUUCAUCACAAUCUUUAUAGGGAUGCAAUGAUAAUACCCCUUGUGGAUGCGUUUACUAGCCUCUUUGCCGGAUGUGUUAUUUUUGUAACUCUUGGUUACAUGGCAACAACUUUCAAUGUGGAUAUACAAGAUGUUGUCGCUGAUGGUCCAGGGAUAGCCUUCAUGAUAUUUCCGGAAGCGAUAUCAACCCUCCCCAUUCCACAACUUUGGUCCGCUUUAUUCUUCUUCACUCUGUUCACUGUUGGAUUAGACAGUCGGAUCGUUCAUCUACAAGUUGUAAACGGAGCCUUGGCAGAUGUAUAUCCACAUGUGUUUCGUUCGAAGGUGAAAAUGACUUCGGCCGCUGUGUGUAUAUUGACGACAAUUAUUGGGAUACCCUACGUCUACCAGGGUGGCAUGUUUGUUGUUCAGCUCGUUGAUUGGUAUAUUGCCAGUGUUGGAUCACUUUUAAUUAUUCUACUGGAAAGCAGCGUACUUGCCUGGAUCUAUGGUUCGGAGAGGCUCAGCAAGGAUAUAGAAUUGAUGGUGGGAUAUCCGAUUCCACGGUUCUGGCAAUUCUUUUGGAAGUUCAUAACACCUAUUACAACUUUUUUCAUUUGGGUGGUUAGCUUGGUAAAGCAUCGCCCCGUGACAUAUGGAGCAAUGUCUUAUCCUGUGUGGUCAAUCGGGGUGGGCUGGAUCAUCGCUAUUACACCUUUACUGCCCUUAGCUGUCAAUAUGAUCUACACAUUGGCUAAACAUCCGGGAGGCCUCAUGCAGAGACUACGUGAAUCUGUCAAACCACUGCCGAAUUGGACUAAAAAUAUGGACGAGGAUCUGCAGACCAGGGACAGUGACCGGCAUGCAAUGCUGUUGUAAUAACACUGUACAUAUUAGGUUUUGAAUAAGACAAUAAUUAAUAUGUUUGUGUUUAACACAAAACAUCAAUGCGGAUUGAUACUCCCCGUUUGUUCAUUUUUUUUAUGAAUGUAGACGACAGAAAUAAGCUUCCUAUUUCAAAACUUUUUCUUUUAAACUAAACAAAAUAUUGACACCGACAAUGGUUUGUAUUAUUUAUUUUUCUACGGUUGAAAUCGUUUUUGUUUGCUACUGAGUUAAAACUAUAACAUUUCAUCUUACUAACACGGCGUUUAUCGAAAACAGGUAAAAUGUUCUUAUUUAUAAAUAUCCUAUUUAAUAUAGAAGUAAAACUUAUCCCAUUAUUCUCAUUGAUUUGUUUUAAGGUUGAUUUUCAUUUUACCAAAAGAAAAAAACCAUAUAUAUAACUAUGGCGUUUCAAAUGGAAGUAUGUCACUCAGCAGACACGAUUUAUAUGUUGUAACCUAUUAAUACACAUGUCAAUAGAAACUUCUUGGACUUUUGGACAAUUAAACAAAACAUUGUAAGAACAACUGGAUGUCAUUUCGAGAAUGUUGUUUAGCUACAUUUUCAUUGCUACGUAACAAUCGUUUUGCUUUGAAUUUGUGUUCGUGGCUUCCGACAAAUAAUUGUUACGUUCCCAUCAUUUAUCUACGAGCAGACUCCUGAACUAUAUUUUCUACGCCUGACAGUCUUAAAAUGAUACGUUUUAUUAUUGUCAACAAUGUUUAGAUAACGACGUUCAUAGGAUAUACUUAGGCGCGUUUAACGAGUAGUAAGAUAUCGAGACACGUAAUUCAAGCACCAUUUGUAAUAAAUACAGAUUAAAAUACGCCUUAGUUAUAUCUUUGGUUUGUGUACCUCUUUGUUAAGACACCAUGGUUUUGCGAGGACUAAAUAUACUCUACCUCUAGCUUAGGCUGCUAGAACAGAGCUUCUAUGUACAUGUAUUCCAUCCCUAUGUAAUAUACCUCAAAUGCGUGUUUAAGCACGGAUCAAUUCUUAUUCAUUUUAAUAUCUUAACGACCACUUUCCUAUUCUGUCCUGUUCCUUUUUACUAUUUAAAUGUCAACUAGCAAUAUGACCAUCUAGACAAAAUAAAUUUUUUUAACACAACAUUGCAGCUCCAACACAGUAUGUCCGCCUGUGGGAUAAGUUCAAUAACUAUAUUGUCUUAUAAUUCUUGGUAUUAAUCUUAGGUCCUCAAUAGAAUAAAAAUGAAAAUUGUUGUCGAGUCACUAAUUUUUAUUGGUAUGUUAAGUGUUAAGUACAAUUUUGUUCUUUUGAUAGUCAUCGUUUGCAGGAGGCUCAGUCGUCUAGUGGUAGGACGUCGGGCUUGUGAC